AUGGCGGUUCUAGGGUUCGAUGUCAAGAACCACAAGGUGAAAAACAAAGAUCCAGGGUUCUGGAUAAAAUUGGGGCUUUUACUGUCAGGACAUGCGUCACUGAUAAGUAAUCUUUUAAUUAAUAUAGAUCCGAAAUAUCUUGAAUUCCUUCAGUUUGUUUCAAAGCCUGUUGAGAAUCUUCCAAGUGCAGAGAUACAAUUAGAAAGAAAGGAAGCCGAGCGAGCUGGUGCUGCUAAGGAGGCUCCUAUAGUCACACCUUUGAUGGAUUUUGUUUGGCUGAAAAAAGCUGCCAAGGGUAGGCCCCGAGUAGGAACUAUGCCUCGGAGCAUGUAGCUCAUUUUGUAUUAAGUUAUAGGGAGAAACAGUGGUUUCUCUGGGGUAGCCUUAGUCUAGCAAGGCGUUACAAGACACCAUCAUCACGGCAGAUGGCAUGGUUGGAUUGGCCGCGUAGCCGGGAACAAGGAUCUUUACUUGGGGACAUUCACGAAACGGACGCAGUGGUGAUCGUUCCCCCAAAGCAAAAUGCGUCAGAAUCGGAGGUGGAUGAUGGUUAUAUUGCGGUUGGUAAUGAUCAGCCUGGCAGACGUCGCUACUGCCGUUGUUGAGGACUUCCUAUAGGCGUGUACAGAAGUUCGUUCUGGUUUAUACGUGCUAAAAUUGCCAAUAUUGGUGGUCCAUGCUACAUGUACGGUGGUUUUCAGGAGCGCAAAGGGAAAAAAGGUAAAACACAGCUUCACUUAUUUACCCCGGAUGCUUGCAGGUCAGUUGCUUUUUGGUAGCUUCAUUUACAAAUCCUCUUAUGAUCACUAUAAUGGAUCACUCACCGCAAACGUAAAUGUCUUUUACGUUUUUACCUAACUUUCCAUUUCACUACAUCUCUCCGUUGUUUAUCUCUACCAAUACGCUCCAUACUUUCCAUCUCUCAUCUUUGUUGUUUAUUUCAGACAUUCAAUCGUUCGUUCAAACAAUUGUAGGCAAAUUCGUUUCUUAUCUAUAUGAUCCACGUUUCUGUCUACAUCAUUCGAACACAAUUAAUUGAUAACGAGACUAGAAAGGUUUGAGACCAAUGUUGGAGUUGACCAAUGAUGAUAUACAACCCGUUUUGAUAAUAUGUACAAUUGUAAAUAUUUAUUAGAAUAAUUAAUAUAUACUUUUUAUUUA